UUCGUAAAGGCUAUCACAUUAUUCAUGAAUGGCUUCGCACAGAACCCACAAGCAAAUAAUAUACCAAUCUCCCACGAAAAAAAAAUAGAAUUAUGAGUCUAAAAUCAUUAAAACAAGAAUGGAGGAUUUCGCAAUGCAAGCUAUAUAUAACUUCAACUUUGAUCUCUCACUCUCCCGAUGAAGAAUCUCGCAACCAAACCUUUACAACGCCAUUCAUCACAUCUACCAAACUGCCUGACGAAGUAGAUACCACCCAAUACCACCUUCCCUCUCCGCAGUUCACUUCGAGUGGAGGCACCGAGGUCGAGAUAGAGUGCGUGAUGCGACUGGGCGAGCAGGACCUCCGUUCGAGCAUCACACUCAAGGUCCAAGGCCGACACUCAUCCUACCUCUCGAACUACUUUUCUGCGGCAGUGACCACGGGGGCCAAGGAAACAGCCUGGACUACUGGACUGAUGUUUCUUCUGUUUAUGUUGCGCUGGAAUGGAUAAGGAAGAGAAGGAGAAGC